AUGGCUGAGCGCAUUCGACGAGGGCAGAAGUACAACAGAAUUGUGGAAAUUGGCGAUGCUGCACAGAAAAAUCUAGACCAGGUGAAAAGAGAGCGUAAUGUGAAAUUUUUGCCAAUCAAAUGCAUGAGGGGACAUCAGGAUCGCCGUAUAGACCGCUACAGAUAUUUACGUCGUGACAAAGCCGACAUCGAAAGGCAAGAGUUGCAAGAAGGCUUGAAAAAUGGUUGA